GAGCACUUUCGGGGCAUGCUGGCCAUCAAGAAGAUGUCAGGCGACGGCAACUGCCUCUUCCACGCGCUCGGAGAGAACACCGUCGAGAGCGGGGCAUGCCUCCGAGCCCUAAUCAUCCAGUACCUCAGAGAGAACGCAGAAGCCGAAGAAGACGAAGAGCAAGUGCAGGCCUGGCUACAGGAAAGCCAAUACCUCCAAAGCGAUCCGGGUCACUGGGGCGGCGACACGGCCAUCAUCGCUUUCACCCGCAUGAGGCAGCAGCGAGUCCUUUUGCACUGCCGGACGCCAAACGGCGACAUCCUCACGAGCGAGCGCACGCACUCGGACGUGGACGAAAAGCAGCCCAACGCGGGCCGCACGCAGCACCGAACGCCACGGAAGUGA